AUGAAUAAGAGCCCAAUAGCUUCUGCAACCAGAGCUUCUGAUCUCAUCAACGCCAAGCUAGCAGAGCACCAGAUAAUUGGAUCCAAUCUCUGCCCAACCUGCAAUUACAAGAUUGAUCAGAAGCAUGAUUGGAUUGGGCUACCUGCAGGAGUUAAAUUUGAUCCAACUGACCAAGAGCUCAUUGAGCACCUGGAGGCAAAGGUUUCCACACAUGGAUUGGGUUCUCAUCCUCUUAUAGAUGAGUUCAUACUAACAAUUGAUGGAGAAGAUGGAAUUUGUUACACUCAUCCUGAGAAGCUCCCAGGAUUGGCAAAGGAUGGAGUAAGCAAGCACUUCUUCCACCGGCCAUCAAAGGCAUACACAACGGGGACGAGGAAGCGGCGGAAGAUACAGACGACAGAGGUGAAUAAUGAGCAAGGAGAGACUCGGUGGCACAAAACGGGGAAGACGAAGCCUGUAAUUGUGAAGGGAGAGCCGAAGGGUUGCAAGAAAAUAUUGGUUCUAUAUGCCAACUUUGGCAAGUGCAGGAAGCCAGAGAAGACCAACUGGGUGAUGCAUCAGUAUCACUUGGGAGAAAUGGAAGAUGAGAAGGAAGGAGAGUUGGUGGUUUCUAAGAUAUUCUAUCAGACACAGCAAAGGCAGUUUAGUGCAAGUGAAACCGGGAGUUGA